GUCGUGCCAAAAGGGUGAAGUCAAUUUCAUUUCAAUUUUGGCUUUCUUCAAAAGAUGAGCUCCUCAUUUCUGAAAUUGGAGAAGUGGGGUGAAUCAAAUUUCGCUGCAAUUUGGGUGUCUUCAAAAAACGUGCUCAAGCCAUUGCUCAAAUUGGAGAAGCGGAAGGCCACGAUGCAGUCGGGACAUCAACAUGGCAAAGGUUCGAAUGUAGGUGUUAGCAACUCAAUGAAUUGUCCAUCUGGGGAUAGUUCAAAAAGCUUUGGUGUUGACGGCCUGUCUGAGACGAGGAGGAAUAAGUUUCGCAAGGGGGAAAGAUCGCGACGGAUGUGGACUGCUAGGGAGGAGGAAAUACUGGCCGCUUCACUGCUAGAACUCACUGCAACAGGCUGGAAAGCAGACAACGGAUUCAGGGCGGGUUACCUGAGUAAGAUAGAGGACAGUCUCCGUGCAGAGUUCCCCAAUACGGACUUGAAGGGCAACCCGCACAUAAACUCAAAAAUGCAGGCAUGGAAGAAGAGCUAUGGCAGUCUACGAUUGAUUUUGGGUCGAAGUGGUGUAGGGUUCAACAAUCAUGGUGAUUACAAGAUUGAUUGCAGUGACGACCAAUGGGACUAGAUAGUACAGGCAGACACAAAGGCCAAAGGAAUGCGGAACAAGUCAUGGCCCUUAUGGGAGACAUGGAAGUCUAUAUUUGGCAAAGAUCGCGCAUCCGUGGGAGGUGCUGAGCAGUUAAAAACAGCUGCAGUUCGCCUGCGUGCCCAGGCAUCCGGUGGCAGUCAAGUUAAUGAAAAUGACUACCACCCAUGCUUCGAAGAUUUCAUCCCAGAACCAUACACACCGGUGGCAGACACCACUGAAGCAAAUGAGAACAGCUCUGGCACUACAGGUAAGCAGGCGUCUACUACCAAAGCAUCUGAAGGUAAGGGAAAAAAAAGAUCCCGCGACUCAGAGCUAAUGGAUUUCCUUGGCAACCUCUACGCUGAAACAAACUCCCGUCUUGAGAUGCUUUCGACCCGCAUUGGCUAUGAGUUUGACAUGGGUAAAGCACGACAGGAAAUCUAUGACAAGCUCGGCACUGUUGAGGGACUUACCUUGGCUCAGCGCUAUAAGCUGUGCAAUAUUUUAGGUGACAAGAACUAGCGUCUGGAAGUAUUUAUUGGCAUGCCACCUGAUGCUCGUCUCGGUUAUGUUCUAUCCCUUCUUGAGGACGAUCAGAAGGUUGGGUGAUUGAAUCAAGGACUUUCAUUUUGGCUUUGAAACACUGCCACUGUUUUAUAUAUAUAUGCAUAGUGGAGUGUGAUUUAAACUAAGCAGACUGCUGGUAUUUUUGGGUAUGUAUUAACCUUAAUUUCAAUGCUAGUGCAUGAACAAAUUGGUUUUUGUGUA